AUGUUUCCGAAGAUCGGAGAUGAUGAAAUGAUUGGAGAUCUGAUGAAGAAUAACAAUGGAGACGUCGUGGAUAACGGGAACAACAACCGGUUAAGCCGGUGGCAUCACAAUUCUUCUCGGAUAAUUAGGGUUUCGAGAGCUUCCGGCGGCAAAGACCGUCACAGCAAGGUCUGGACUUCGAAAGGCCCGCGUGACCGGCGUGUCCGGUUAUCGGUCUCCACCGCUCUUCAAUUCUACGACCUCCAGGACCGGUUAGGUUACGAUCAGCCGAGCAAAGCCGUCGAGUGGCUGAUCAAAGCGGCGGAGGAUUCAAUCUCCGAGCUUCCUUCGCUCAACAACACGAAUUUCCCGACGACCGAUGACGAGAAUCAGAACCAGACAUUGACGGCUGCCGCCGCUGCGAACUCCUUGUCUAAAUCGGCUUGCAGCAGCAAUUCGGACACGAGCAAGAACUCUUCCGGUCUUUCUCUCUCGAGAUCGGAGCUCAGGGAUAAAGCGAGAGAGAGAGCGAGAGAGAGAACGGCGAAAGAGACCAAGGAGAGAGAUCACAGCCACCACACCACUUCGUUCACCGAUCUGUUGAAUUCCGGUUCGGAUCCGGUUAACCAAAACCGGCAAUGGAUGGCGGCUCCUCCUUCUUCGUCUCCUUCAGCUCCGAUGGAGUAUUUCAGCUCGGGUCUUAUUCUCGGGUCGGGUCAAACCCAUUUCCCGAUGCAGACAAACUCUCAUCAUUUCUCGUCCAUCUCCGAUCAUCACCAGCAUCAUCCUCAUCAAGAGUUUUCCUUCGUUCCCGACCAUAUGAUUUCUCCGGCAGGAUCCAACGGCGGUGGAGCAUUCAAUCUCGACUUCAACAUGUCGACGCCCUCCGGCGGCGCCGGAACCGCCGUGGCCUCCGCGGGGUUCAGUGGUUUCAACAGGGGGACCCUUCAGUCCAAUUCAACAAACAAUCAUCAUCAUCAUCAGUCUUUUCUCGCUAAUCUGCAGAGGUUUCCAUCGACGGAAGGUGGAGGAGCUCCACAGUUCUUGUUCGGUGCAAUGCCUGCAGAGAAUCACCAGCACAACCACAAUCACCAGUUUCAGCUUUACUAUGAAAACGGAUGCAGAAACUCAGACCAAAAAGGCAAAGGCAAGAACUGA